CAUAAGAAUUGGGGUUUGAGUUUUUGCUUAGGGGUAGGGAGGAAGCCCUGCCAGGUGAAUCACCUAGGCAUGUAACCUGAGCCCUAACCCUUCACUAAGCACUUCUCUUCUGCGCUCUGUGGACUGGGCUGGGCUGUUUGUAUUUCAGUCACUUUGGUAUCAUUUGCUUCAAGGUCCCAGCUUCAUUAUGCACCGAAAGGUCAACAGUCCAAGCCCAGGACUGAUUCAAAACAUGUUUUCCUCUUUUCAUUCAGCUUAGCAUACUCUAACCUUUCCAGAUCUCACCACCACCACUCAUCAUCACUGCCCCCAACCAGCAAUUUCAGCCUGGGUUACUCUACCCAAUGUCCAAAUUCUCCUUGGCUUUCAAAUUCCCCUCACUCAGCACCCCCUUGUGACCUACAGAAGGAAAAAGGGGUCAUCCCAGGACGGGCCCCAGGGGAUUGGGUGUCAUAGUCCUACACCAAGAGCCCAGCUAUAAUUAGCUGGGGGGAGGGGGCACUGAUGGGGUACCAUGUGUUCCCUUGGCACACAGCAGUCACAAACAAGAGCAGGCACUCAAGUGAGAGAGCAAGCAGAAGGCUGGUGUCUUGUGAGAGGGACUAAACGGAAGGCAAGAGAUGGGAGGGAUCAAUCUUGAGUGCUGCGUCUGCAGUACACAUAUUUCUUAGAUGCGUUGCUGUACCUGUGAGACCUGAUACUUGGCAUUGAAUAAUACCCAUUACUCCAGUCUUCUUGGAGUGAUGGGAAGGCGGGACUGACUUCUGACAGUAGGAGUCAGUGUUCUUCUGGCCUUUCUGGGUAUAGCUAAGAUACCUUUCUUUCUUGCCUACUUGCAGUAAACCAGCAAAUGUUGGCCAUGAGCAUUCCCCAGGCAACACAUCAUCCAUCUGACUUGGAGUGUGCCUCCAUUCUGGUACAGAAGGAUGGUCUUGGAUUCCCUUUGACUACUGAAAGAACCCCCUCCUGGCCUUCCUCCCCUGGUGAGGAUCCUGGUUUACUUCCCUUUCCUCUGGAAGAGCCUGGCCCCAGAACCCUCAUCCCAGGAACCCUUCCCUUUACAGCUCUGUCCCUAGAGGAGGAACAGCAGGAUGAAGACGAUGAAGAUGCAGCCCAGCCUGAGGAGCUGCGCAGUGAGAAGCAUGCCAGCCAGUUUUUUGCAGAAGCCCUGCAGCUGAGGGAGCAGAAGCUAUUGCUGGAUCAAGAGGUGUCAGUUGGGGGACGAGUAUAUGGGGUACAUCGAGUGAUCUUGGCAGCAGUAAGCAGCCACUUCCGAGGCAGGCUGCAGUGUGCCAGAGGUCCACAGCCUUGCUUCAGCCUUGAUGUGACCCCAGGGGGUUGGGAGGCCUUGCUGAGCUUUGCAUAUGAAGGAGUCCUAGGCCCUGCCUCACAGAAUGAAGUACUGGCUGCGGCUGAGGCACUGGGAGCACCCCGAGUGAAGGCUGCAGCCCAAGCUGGAAAGGCCAGAGGAAAGGUAAAGAAACUCAGCCAGGCUGAGGAGCUGAGGGAGAAUCUGUACAGCAUUGAACUUCUGUACCGGGAUGGUGUUGGAUGUGACCUGGAGCUGGAGGCAGAAGGCUACAGGCUAUGGGUGCACCGAGCAGCCCUGGCCUGUGGUAGUGAGUUCUUCAGGGCCAUGCUCCUUAGUGGGAUGAGAGAAUCCCAGGGCACAGAGGUGUCUCUGCGAACCAUCUCUAUCCAGGACUUGCGCCUGCUUGUCUCUUUUGCCUACUCUGGGAUUGUACGGGAACGAUGGCCAGGACUGUUAAGAGCUGCCCAAGCUGCCUUGCAGUAUCAAAGCUCUUCUUGCCUGGAUUUGUGUCAGAAAGCCUUGGCCCAAAGCCUCAGCCCAGCCCGUUGCCUGGCGCUCUUCCCCAUGGCUGAAGCCCCUGGGUUGGAAAGGCUCUGGGGCAAAGCUCGUCACUACCUCCUCACCCACCUGCCAGCCGUGGCUUUGUGCCCCACCUUCCCUUCUUUACCAGCAGUCUGCCUGGCUGACCUUCUGGACAGUGACGAGCUUCAUGUGCAGGAAGAGUUUGAGGCCUUUGUGGCAGCACGAUGCUGGCUCGCUGCCAACCCUGAGACCCAGGAGUCAGACGCCAGGGCCCUGCUUCGAUGUGUCCGUUUUGGCCGCAUGUCUACCAGGGAGCUUCGGAAAGUGCGAGCAGCUGGGCUGCCCUCCACCCUGCCCCCAGCCCUGCUCCAUCAGCUGAUGGUUGAGGCUGAGGUUCCAGGUCAGGAGCGGAGGAGGGAGCCGGACCGAGCCCUUGUGGUGAUUGGUGGGGAUGGGCUCACUCCCGACAUGGCCCAAAGACAGCCGUCUCAGACGGUGUGGUGGGCCCGGGCCUUCUGCUGCGGCAUGGGACUGGUCCGCACCGUGGAGUGGGGACGGCUGCCUCCGCUGCCCGCCCCGGGGCGCUUCCGCCACGGGGCCGCCAGCCUGGCGGGAUAUGCGCUCUACGUGUGUGGGGGUCAGGAUUUCUACAGCCACUCCAACACUCUGGCUUCCACUCUCAGGUGGGACCCCAGUCAAGAGGGCUGGGAAGAGGCGCAACCUCUUUGUCAGGCGCGGAGCUUUUUUCCUCUGGUGGCACUGGAUGGACACCUCUAUGCCCUGGGUGGUCGAGACAAUGGUGUUGCCCUUAGCUCUGUGGAGACCUAUAACCCUGAGCUCAAUGUCUGGAGGCCUGCACCUUCACUGCCAGCACCAUGCUUUGCCCAUGCUGCUGCCAUCUUAGAAGGCCGAAUAUAUGUGAGCGGUGGCUGUAGCGGCACCGGACAGUACCUGGCCACACUGCUGCACUAUGAUCCAACACUUGAGAAGCCAGAGACACUUUUGAGUCCUAUGGGGGUGCCUCGGGCUGGCCAUGUCAUGGCUGCCAUGGGCAGGAGGUUGUAUGUGGCAGGUGGGCUAGGGGAGACUGGGGACCUGCUGAGCUUUGAGGCCUAUGAACCAAGAACUGGUAGCUGGACUCACCUGGCACCACUGCCCUCCCCCCAUGUGGGAGCUGCAAGUGCUGUACUGCAGGGAGAGCUGCUGGUGCUGGGGGGUUAUAGCCAUGAUACUUAUGCCCUCUCCCACCUUAUCCAUGCCUACUGCCCUGGCCUAGGCCGAUGGCUCUGCCUGGGGACUCUGCCAAGACCACGGGCUGAAAUGCCUGCCUGCAUCUUAACCCUGCCCACAGUACAACACAUGGCACUGAUUCCUACCCUGCACCAAACCAAGCCUGCUGGGUGAAUGAGUAAGAGCAGUAUUUGGGGGAGGGAGAGAUAAGUAUCAAAACAAGAGCUGGGACCUGGUGACUCAUGACUGUAAUAGUAGCUAAUCAUGAAGCUGAGAUCUGAGAAUUACAGUUCCAAGCCUGGGCAGGAAAGCCUGUGAGACUCUUAUCUCCAAUUAACCUGCAAAAAUCCUCUUGCUUCACUCUCUCGAGUGUUGGUAUUACAGAUAAACAUCAUUAUUCCUGGACUAUUUCUGGCUCCUUUCCUUCCCUUUGGGUAAACUGAAGAGAUCAAGAGUAGAAAUAAGACAGUUGUGGUGGGAGAUUCCAAGGUGUAAGGAACUCCCCGAGGGAACUAAAUACAGAGAAGAUUCAGAAAAACCCUUUCCUCUUGUCAGUCCCUUUCCUCUAGAGUUAUUUUAAAUCAGUUUUCAUUAUUAUAUUUCGCAACAGUGUCUCACUGUAUUACCUAGGUAACCUUGAACUUUUGAACCGCCUAAGUGCUGAGAUUACAGGUGUGCCUGUCUCCUCGUGA